AUGCCCAAUGACGAGGCUUCGCGCCUGCUCCAUGCGCGUAUAUCGCAGCUGGAGCAGGAUGCUGCGGGGGAGAAGGAUCAAGAGUUGGAGAUUGAACGUGAAGUGAAGAAGGCGAACCGAGAUCUUCUUCAGCAAGUCUCUAAGAUGGACAACAUGCAAAAGAUCGAUCACCUUACUCAGAAAUCUAGCCAGCUCCUGGCCGAUAUGCGACGACUGGAGCGUGAGAAUCUCAAGAAUAAGAGACGUGGAGAUAAUUUACAGAAGGAGAGAGAUGCAAGUCGAAACGAACUCAGCAAGACCGUUGGCCUUAAGGAGAAACUGGAGAAACUUUGCCGAGAACUGCAACGAGACAACAAUAAGAUGAAGAACGAGAACAAGGAACUUCAGACAACCCAAAAGCGAAAUAAUACUCACUGGGACGAGAAGUACGCUACUCUACUAUCGAAAUUGGAGGGAUAUCAGGAAGAAAAGGAUACGCCAAAGAAACAAGUGGUGGAUAUGGAGGUCGACGAACUCUUCCGAGUCCGAUUCAAGUCUUUCAUCGAGCAAUAUGAGUUACGGGAACUACAUUUCCACUCGCUAAUGCGAACCAAAGAAUUGGAGGUUCAGUACCAUAUGGCGCGUUACGAACGAGAAAAGAAGAAUGCCGAAGCAGAGUCGACUAAAGCUCGACAUCUCCAGGCGCAAGUUCAAGCUUUCACCAAGACAGAAACUGAACUUCGGAAUCAGCUCAAUGUCUAUGUUGAUAAGUUCAAGCAGCAGGUAGAGGAUACCUUAAACAACAGCAACGAUCUGUUUCUAUCGUUUCGCAAGGAGAUGGAGGACAUGUCUAAGAAAGGCAAGCGAUUAGAAAAGGAGAACGAGGCUUUGAAGCGCCAAAAGGAAGCGACAGCCGCCAACAUCAUCCGAAUGGCCGAAGAACGGCAGGACUGGAAGAAGAAGACGGAAACCGCUGAACAAAAGACCGAGAAACUUAGGAGCAUCAUCCAACAGAUGCAACAACAGGGCCGCAAGGUGCCAUCCGGUAUGGCCAAUACUGUUGAGAGCGGUUACUCGGAUAGUCAUGGAGGACACGAGGGCGACGAAAGCGAUUACUCCGACGAUGGCGAAGAAGAACUUAGCGAGUUCGACGACGAUACAGAGGAGGAAACCCAAGGCAACGAGCAAGGAACGCCAGUAGCAUACGGACCAGAGCGUCCUCCUCAGCCGGUGGCCUCGGCCACGACAAACGGGCACUAG